UAGGUCCAUGCUAGGCCCCGGGGGCCUGGGAGUGUCAUUGGUGGAUGACCGCAGCGCUUGCUGCUGCAGCUGCCCCUGCGACCAUGGUCUCCGGCAGCUGCGGCCUCGUAGCCGCCCGCCUGCUGUCGCGCACCUUCCUCCUGCAGCAGCAUGGGAUACGGCAUGGAUCGUACGCAGCUUCUCGGAAACAUCUCUACAUUGAUAAAAACACCAAGGUUAUUUGCCAGGGUUUCACUGGCAAGCAGGGCACCUUUCACAGCCAGCAGGCCUUGGAUUACGGCACAAAACUCGUGGGAGGAACCACGCCAGGGAAGGGCGGCAAGACACACCUGGGCUUGCCCGUGUUUAAUACUGUGAAGGAAGCCAAAGAGAAAACGGGAGCGACAGCUUCUGUCAUUUAUGUACCUCCCCCUUUUGCUGCCGCUGCCAUCAGUGAAGCAAUUGACGCAGAGAUCCCCCUGGUUGUGUGCAUUACUGAAGGAAUCCCACAGCAGGACAUGGUGCGGGUCAGGCACAAGCUGACGCGCCAAGGACAGACGAGGCUGAUUGGGCCGAACUGCCCUGGAGUCAUCAAUCCUGGAGAAUGCAAGAUUGGCAUCAUGCCUGGCCAUAUUCACAAGAAAGGAAAAAUAGGUAUUGUGUCCAGGUCUGGCACGCUGACUUACGAAGCAGUUCACCAAACAACCCAAGUUGGCCUGGGGCAGUCCUUGUGCAUUGGCAUUGGAGGUGACCCAUUUAACGGGACAAAUUUUAUUGAUUGCCUUGAAGUCUUUCUGAAUGAUCCAGCCACAGAAGGCAUCAUAUUGAUUGGUGAAAUUGGUGGUCAUGCUGAAGAAAAUGCGGCCGAAUUCCUGAAGGAACACAAUUCAGGUCCAAACGCCAAGCCCGUAGUGUCGUUCAUUGCUGGUAUAACUGCCCCUCCUGGCAGAAGGAUGGGCCACGCAGGGGCAAUUAUUGCAGGAGGAAAAGGUGGCGCUAAAGAGAAAAUCUCUGCCCUUCAGAGUGCGGGCGUUGUUGUCAGCAUGUCCCCUGCACAGCUGGGAACUACCAUGCAUAAGGAGUUUGAAAAGAGGAAGAUGCUAUGAAGGACACAACAUGAAGUUCUUGAAGGCUGUGGAAGAACUCUCAUCCACUGAGGGUCAGUCCAGAGUGUCAGCCCACACAUCUGACACUGGCCUCUCAGUACAUGGGAAGCCCAGGCAAAUUUCAGAAUGUCCUAAAUUGAGCUAUUUUCACUUACUGUGUAACGGAGACAGAUAAUAAAUCUAUCAUUUGAUUGGAA